GGGGGGUCGGCUGGGGAUAGUUGGCUCUUCGCGCGUCCAGGGCUGUCCUCGGAGCUCUGCCUGCAAUCCGCUCCUUUAAUGACUCGAGAGGGAGCCCUAUUAAUAUCAACGGGGCUGAUCUCCGCGUCAACAAGCCUAGGAUGGCGGGGCAUGGCAGGGUCAACGUGCAGCUCCGCCGCCGCCUCCUUUUGCCCUGCACAUUCCAGAGGGUGUUAGCUGUGAUCGAGCGAGAACAAAAAGGAUUCUCGUGGCGCCUUUGAAGGCUGCCGGAUAAAGUGGGGCUUUAGACCACGAGCACUUUGCACCGAAACACACCCUUUAAGGUGCCUGCCACAAUACUCUUUUGUUGCUGCUGCUGUCCUUUUUUUUUGGCCGUUUCCACGCCGAGGCAACUAGGGAAAAAAAGUGUCCUGAAAACUUCCAGAGCGGGUGGCUGAAUUAGUCUGUUGUGGCAAAAAACAACAAUAACCCCAAACCCCGGCAGUCUUGUGGCACUUUGAAGAGGGGCACAUUUAUUGUAGAAUAAGCUUUUGUGGACGAGAGCCCACUUCCGCUACUGCUUGAAGGGUUCUCCUUAGCUGGCAUAUCUAAAUGUGGUUGCAGAAGAAGAAGAAGAAGGGUGUGAUCAUCCAGGUAGUUUUACAGUGCUCUGCCUUCACAGAAUCCAUGCAGCCCCAAAGUAGGUACAGUGGUACCUCGGAUUACAGGCGCUUCAGGUUACAGACUCCGCUAACCCAGAAAUAGUACCUUGGGUUAAGAACUUUGCUUCAGGAUGAGAACAGAAAUCGUGCUCUGGCGGCGUGGUGGCAGCGGGAGGCCCCAUUAGCUAAAGUGGUACGUCAGGUUAAGAACAGUUUCAGGUUUUGAACGGACCUCCAGAACAAAUUAAGUUCUUAACCUGAGGUACCACUGUAAUGAGGUGGGUGUAGAUUUGGUUGAUGGCAUCUUUGGUUAUUAAGAAACAAAUGAAAGAGCUUUAGUAUAUAGGCAGUGAAAGCUAGCUGGCACUGAGGACAUCUUCAUUAGAAAGUUAAAUUGUGUGCAACUUGCUGUUUUGCCAAGGAGGCCUAACAAAAACUGUGGAAAUAACCACCAGGGUAUUUUUCAAAGCCCAAUUAUUAAUAAAGUGUAUAACUGUAAAUGCAUGCUGUAGAAAUACUGUAGGUUCUAUCUACCUUGUAAUGGGACAGCAUUCAGUAUCAAUAAGACACAAGUUGCACUGGUGCCAUACCAUCUGUUUCAUCACCAUUAACAUACAUUCUUGCUCUGACUGUCCCUACUGUUUUCACUAAUAUAUUUGCUUUCAUCUUAUUUUGCUUUUAGGGGUCACCGUGCAUCUCAAAAUCUUGCUAUAAAAAGGAAAGUGUUUCUUUCCUGUCAGAACUUGACUUCUCAAAUACUAUUGGAAAUUGUGCUCAAGAACUCUUAUUUUUAUUUAAGUACUUAAAACUUUACAUGCUUUUUGAAGAUCAUAACUUAAAAUCUGAUGUUGUUGUCUUCUGAUUAGAUAGGCUACCUUCCUGUAAUCCUUUUAUUACAUUUAAAUCUGCUUAAGUUGAUUGUGAUUGAAGGUAGCUGGGGAGUUGUGAUCAUUAGUCUCAGUAGAUUUUUUUUUCAAUCUGCUUAACAGGUUCAGGCACAUAUUUAGUGUUGCAAUCUUUAAAACUCUUAACACAAACCUUUAAACCUCUAAUGCAGAAAUUAGUGUUCUUUUUUGUCUCCUUGUGCAAUCUUGAAAAUAUGAGUGCUUGCCCUGUGAAUGCAUUGUAGGGAAUUUACACAUCAAAAAUGCAGAUUGUUAAUGUAGGCAUGGGGAUUUCUGCGUUAAAAUUUAUAUUGACUAUGCAGAUGAAAUAUCAUAUUUUGACACUCAUUAAAAGGGUAGAGUGGACAGACAGAAUAUAGUUAUUUUAAUGGCUGCUUGUUUUGACACCCACACUGUAUAUUCACUUGACAUGCAGUCCAGACACACACAGAAAACGAAACAGCAUUUCAUUGAAGUAGAUUCCACUAUGAUGUUGACUAUUUGCCUAACAGCAACUGAUCAUGGUAGGCCUCUUAUAUACAAGGGGUUACUAUAAAUGGACCCUUUGAAAUGAUUUUUUUUUCAAAGCCAGUGCAGUAUUGCUUACAGAGAAUAAGCUUAUAUAGAAUAAGCUUGACUAUAAUAUUUUACAGUUACAUGGGUAGCCCUGCUUAUCUGUUGCCUCUGGUACAUUUUCCCCACUUUGCAGUGGAGGAAUUACUGAUUACAUUUUCAUUCCACCUUUUUUCCAAAGAGCUUGGAGUGAUGUGCAUCAGGGAUUGCCAGCAUGGUGCCCACAGGCACCAAUAUGCCCAUCUAUCAGUGCCCCCCCCAUAUACAUAGUUCUCCCUCUCCCAUUUUUUCACCAAGUUCAGUGGGAGAGAAUUAUUUCUUGAAGCUUUGUAGAUGAGCCAUCGUUUAAAGCUGGGUCUCCCUGUCCUUACCAAGGCACCCACAUUAUUGUACCAUGCAAUUUUAAAAUAAUAAUAAACAAACAAUACUUGAGAGAAUCCCCUCAGAAUCUUUGGGAAUGGAAUGCCUUUACAGUCCUCAUAGUAACCAAGUGUGUUUUUAAAGAUCAUGGCACAAUGUAAGGUAGGUCAUAUGAGACACCCAAGGGAAUAAAUAACUCCAACACCACCACCCAUCAUCACAUAAUUGCACACACGUAAUGCCCAACAUUAGUAGCACCCAUCAGCAUAGGGUACUUGUACAAAUGCUAUUGUAAUUGUGCCUUGCCAAGUCCACUUGGUCCCAUGCACAGUGCACAAACAUACUGUCUGGAAGUGUCCAAAUUGCCUUCCUUGUCAGAAGCCACAAUGAUUUAAUGGGCAGGUGGGCAGCAACUGACCUUUGUAGUUACAAAGUCCCAGAAAUUUAAUAAAUAAUAAUAACAGCAACUGACAUUUGUAGUCACCAAGCUUUUUGAGUCAUUCGCUCAAACAGGGGUUGAAAUUGUCAAAUGGAGCCAGCAACAGGAAAGGGUUGCAGCAGCUAUAAACAACACCUUCACCAUGGAAAAAGCCACAGCCAGAGAGAAGGAAGGAGCUGCUAACUGCAAGAGAUAAAUAGCUAUGUAGGUCAGUGGGUAGGUGGAGAUAUGAAAGCUAUAGUUCCCUUUCAGAAUUCUGCUGUGGGACCACUGAUCACAAACAAUGUUGAGACCAUUGCAUAUGAAAAAUCAUUUGGAGUGUAUUCAGUUGGAAAGAGUAGUAUUUUAUUGGUUAAAUUGUUUUUUUAAAACUUUUUUUCUGACUGUAUGGCUUGGCAGGGAAAAGUGUGAGAACAAAUUCAUAGGCUUUUGUAUUGUGUGUGGCACACUUUCACUUGCUUUCCAGAACUGUAGCCCUACGGGUUUGUUGUACUAAAAGAAAUAAUUUUCUGUAUACAGUAUUUGUUUGAAAGUAAUCCCAUGAAACCCAGUAGGGUUUAGUCGUGAGUAGACCUGCAUAGGACUAGAAAUUCUGUCUCUAGAUCCAUCUACCACUAUCCCCAUCAACAGAUUUUCCUAAGGAAAACAGAAAAAAAAGUCCACACCUGUGAACCACCAUCAAGGGCUGGUGCUAGAGAAUAAUCCCUAGGGAUUUUAGCAUCCCUCUUAAAAUUUAUGUUCCCCUACCCGUGUGUCCCUGUUCUGCCUUCUCUUUUCCCUCUAUCUCGUCUGUCCCCAGCAGCCUCUUCUAGAGGAAGUAUGUUGCUACCGUAGUGGUUAUUUUGAUUCUUCUAGUUGGUGUAGGAUUUGAGAGUGAUCCUAUCUUGGCCCAAUAGGCAUAAUGCAGUCCUGUAAUCUCUUUAUUCACUGUAGUAUAUGAAUACAGUUCUUAAUGCAGCCCCAAAACCCAUUAGCGUCCUAUGUGUUCACUGGAGUGUGUUGAAAUAGUUUGUAAUGUUUAUUGCUGCAAACUUUAUGAUGCCACACAACAGACUCAAGUUAAACAAUAUUUGUACAACUCUUGCAACUCUUACUAUAGCUGAUCUUGAAAAAGCUAUUGUCCUACUGUUUCUGUUCUCUGCUCUCCAGAGUUACCUUCCUACUGACACCAGCUCACGGAGGAUGGGGCCUGCUAUCAUUUUACUACCGUACUUGUAAAACUAACAAUAUACUGUACGUUAAAGCAGUGACUUUGGUUGUAUUUACACAGAUUAUUUUGUUUGUUUUGAACACAGUUCAAUUUCUUUUAUUGGUACUGACAGUUGACUCUUUAAAAUAAACAUUUGACAAUGGUAUAUAUAAUAUAUGGUUUAUUUUCCUUCUCUGUGUUUUUGUGGAUUAAAACAAAAUAAAAUUGCUUUCAGGAAGACUCACCAGGGAGGUUUAAAUACCUCACAGGAGAACUUCGCAGGGCUGCUUUUGGAAAACAUAGACCAUAAUGUUUCUGUAAUUAGUUUGCUUGGCUCUAUAUUGCAGUCUUUAGUGAUGCUUUGAUCCUGCACUGAAUUUUUUUCUUCAUGAAAAGAACAUACAGGUUUUGCUAAUUCAGUAUAGUCUUAAAUGCACAACCAGAAUAUUACAUGCAAGUUUUUUGCUCUUUAGUUAUCAGUGACAUUUUUUUUUCUAUGUAAGACUCAAAAUGAUGCCAUUUUUGGAGUUUGUAUUCAAGAAUUUUAUUAUGCAUAGAUCUCAUAAUUACUAUUGGGAAGAACAGAAUUAAAGGAACAAACUUUAAAUAUUAUAAUUAAAUUAACACUAAAGUCAGUUGUCAAACAUUUGCUCUGCUAGAAGUAAUCUACAUUCUGUUCAAAGCAGAAAUAUAAAAAAAACUAUAUAAACAUUAUAAAGCUGUGUAAGAACAUUUAAUCUCUGUACAGUAGUGCAUUGCAGCACAUUUUAUUGAUCUUUUAAAUAUUUAAUGUGGACAAAAACAGAUUUGACAUACAUGAUUCUGGUACCAUAUAUUUGUGAGCUUUUGCUUUCACAUGAUAUUGUAUUCCUGGUGGCUCAGUUAAAUGCUAGGGUUUGCUUUGCCAAUUACAUUUGCAUAGUUGUUUCUGUACUACUCUUAAGUAUGUACUAGUAAGGUCUUGUACUAACAUACCUAUGCGUGAGGCUUUCCUCAAUGAUGCCAAACUGCACUGUGAGCCAUGUGUAUAUAUUAAUGUAAUGUUCACUAGUGUUGGUGUACUAUCCAUAACACUCAUUUUAAAAUUGUGGACGAAGAGCAGAUGUAAAAAUGAUGUCCUUAAGUUCUUGUAAUGCAUUAUAGCUUUCAAAAGCACGUGAUGCAUAUUUUCAUUGUUUUUCUGUAGGAGGCUAAUGUUUCAUACCCUAUUUAAAAUUAAUAGUUUCUUUAGAAGUUCCUAUGUUGAUGCAUUUCUAUUUGUGGAGGACUAGACCAAUCCUAUUUUCCCCUCCUGUAGCUGUUGCAGCUUAAGUUGGAGUGCAUCCUGUGUGGUUGACCUGAGAGAAACAGCUCUGCCUGAUUACCUUUAAAAGCCAGAAGCAAACUUGUUGAAUUUUCUAGCUGGCAUAGGGCUGUGUUGCAGAAACCUUGAGUAUGGCAUAAGCUGACUGCCUUGUCAUUUCUUUCCACGGCAUUCCUUCCUGUGUUCUUUAUAAGGAUUUCCCUCCUGUUCCCAGCCCUGAUAGCACUGGGAGCAAUCAGGGUCGGAUUUAGGUUUGAUGAGGCCCUAAGCUACUGAAGGUAAUGGGGCCCUUUACUGUAUAUGUCCAGCUGUCCUUUGUCAACAACAAAUUGUCGCUGUUUUUUAUGUUGAAUAUAUGCUAUAUGGUAAUUUAUGGACCUAAUGGGUAACUAAAGCCAUGUGCACAUAACAAAAUAUGUAUUUUAUCAAAGUAAUUGUUGAACUGAAAUACAAUUGGAAAUAUACAUCCAGGUUGUUUUUUCCUUUAAUUUUUUUUGGGGCCCCCAAGAGAGUGGGGCCCUAAGCUAUAGCUUGUGUAGCUUAUACGUAAAUCUGGCACUGGGACCAAUCUUGAGUGCAUGGGAAAAUGAGUUAUUUGGCCUUAUAAAUCCUGAGCUCAGUUCUGUUCUGUUAUUUCUUCAUGACAAGUUUGUAAAUGACUGACAAACUUAUGAUGAAUGUUAUUGUCUUGCAAAUGACCAAGUAGAGAAUAUUUUCAUUUUACUUUGAGGUUCACAAAUGAUGAAAGCUACAAUCCAGCACACAUGUAUUUGGAUGUAAACCCCGUUUAACUCAGUAGGUCUUUUGAGUUGACAUGUAUAGGAUUGCAUUGGAGCACAGCUACAUUUGGCCAAGUAGGUUACUAAGACUUUUUGUGGGUGAAUAAGUUGUGAAUCUGGAUGGUUCAUUUAUUGCUAAUUUCUCUCAUGGAUAAUUCGCCAUUCCUAAGCCAUGUUCCUCACAAAAUAUGGUUCUGAUCUUUGCCUAAUUGUCUAAUGGAGCUUCAGAGUCCAUUAGGAAUACAGAUAGUUAUAAUCAUAAGUGAAAAUUGAAUCAAUAGAAAAACCUUUCAAACUAGAUGUACGAGGGGAAAUACACUUGAUAAUUCUUGAAAAUGUAUGCUGUAAAUUGUACAAAAUGAAAGGGUGCUUACCACACCCAACUUCUGCUUUUUUUGUUCUUGAAUCAGCAUUCUUAGGAGCUGUUUUAUAAACAAGCCCUUUGUAUGCCUCGGAAAUGUGGUAACAUUUAGAUUAUAAGGCUAUUUUGCAAGCAUAUGAAGCAGUUGGCUUUCAUAUGUUUUCUUUGACUGUCAGUCACUAUUUUAAUGACAAUAAAAUGAUAAUUCUUGUGCUCUGUGAUGUGCAGUGUUUGUGAGAGUACUGUAGAGUAUUAAAUCAGGGUGGAGUUGGAAUAGGUUUUCUGAAACUGUUACGUUUGCUCAUAGUUCAAGAAUGUAUGUGGUAAGAGUCAAAUCUCCGAAAAAUGUCUCUUCAGUUUUGUGUUGCACUCUUUGAAAAUUAUCAGUUUUUCCUUUUUAUACUAGUCAUUUCAUAGUAAUAUUUAAUAUGUAAAACAGUGCUUCAAGAUGAAGGUGAAAUGUUUUUCUCCCCUGCAGUAUUCACUUUCCUUAUUACAUUGAGCAAACUUCUAACCUAGUUAGGAGAAUUAUUGCCUAUUUGCUGGCCAGUUUGAAACAACAGAACUGUUUUGGGAACUAAGCAGAGGCUAUAUGUCUCUUUCUUUUCCACUGUUUUUUCCACUGUUGCACCUCAUUAUCACUUAUGUAGUCUUCUGUGAGACUGUUGGUGAUUUACUCCUCCCAAGAAUCAUGGAAGACUGCAAGUGGUCUGAAACUACUCUUUCAAAAUAAACUUUACUAUAAAGAUUCAAAGGACUGAAACAUUCACGCAGCGCUUAAACUAUGGAACUUGCUGCCACAGGAGGCAGUUAUGGCCAAAAACUUAGAUGGCUUUAAAAGAGUGUUGGAAAAGUUCAUGGCUUCUAGCCAUGAUGGCUAUGCUAUGCCUCCACAGCUUGAGGCAGUAACGUUUCCAAAUACCAGUUACUGGAGAUUCCAGGGCGCGUAGCAUACUCUUGUGCUCAGACCCUGCUUGAAAGUUCCCCAUAGGCAUCUGGUUAGCAAGUGUGAAAACAGACUGCUGGACUAGAUGGACUAUUUGGAAAUUAUUUCCUAAGUGUAUAAAGAUGUCUGGAAUAAACUCUAGGAGCAUAAAAGCAGUAGUCUCAGUAGGCUAAGGCUCCUGUCGUCUUGUUGUUUUUUAAUAAUAAAUUGGUGGUAAUUAUUACUAUAAGAUUUAUUCUGUGUUCCAAAUAUUAAUAUGGUAUAGUCAGCUUAGUGUGAGAAAACACCCAAACAUUAACUGAAACUGUGACAAGUAAACAGAUUAACUGCCUGCCAGCAAAUACAGCAUAAAGUUGUUUGAUAUAGGCUUAGGGAGAUAAAAUAAGGUAUCAUGUAUCACUAUGGUUUUUAAAUGUAAAAAGUUGACCUUUUCAUUAAAAAAUAUCACAUGGUUUGAAUCUGCGUGUAGUAGUCUUGACUUGAAGCAACUAAAACCAUGCUGUUUUGUAGCUUCCUGCUGUUGGCACGGAAUGGAUGUUUGCUUCUGCAUUGUAUGAAGUUCAUUUUAAUUGUGGAUUGUUCAUAAAUAAUUCAUCUGAUAAAAUUAAUAGUGCAAUUUAACAUGAUGAAAGACAAGGCCUUUCAUUUUAUCUUGUUAUAUGUCUUGCAUCAGUACCAAAUUCAUGCAAUAUUAUUUCAAAGUAAGUAAGUUUUAAAAAUAUAUAUUUAUCUCAGAUAAAUUUCAGUGGAGUUAUAUUGGAGAGUCUCAGCUUGAUCUUUCAUCAAUAUUUGUUAAUCUGUUAACAUUUGUUACAGUUUCUACUAUUAAGCAAACCAAACUUCUUUGAUAUAGAAUAAUCAGUUUGCUAUUGUUAGCAUUUCUGAGGAACCAAGAAUGCCUGCCUUCAAAUUUGGUUGGCUUGUGUUCAGUUUCACAGCAGAGCCUAUAGAGUGCUGUGGGACUAUUUUUUGUGUAUGUCUACGUUAUAUAUUUGCAAAACAGUGCAGUGGAGUGGAUUUGCUUGGGCUUGACUUUAUAAGGAAGGAUAAAUGUGAGAAAGAAAAGUAUUUUGGCUGACACACAGCUGUUAUAAUCGUAAAUUGAUAGAUGACAAAUCAUGUAAUAUAAAUGAACAUGCAACUGAUUUUUUUCAGCAUGAUUCCAUGCAUGAGAUAUAUAUAUAUAUAUAUAUGAUGGUGUUGCAUUGGUCUAGUUUAAAUAAAUAAUAGGAAAAGCUAUGGAAUAAUCCAGAAAAAAUAGUACCAUAAAUACACUAAAACUUGAGUACUGCUGAGCAUAUCAGCAGGGAUAAGCAAUUUCCUGUUCACAUUCAGGACUUCCUAUGGAGGUACAGUCUGCAUGACUACCUAAUAACAUGUACAUGAAAAUUGAUUAGUUCUAUUUUCCUCUCCUAAUUGCUAUAGACCUGAACUUGUGAAAUUGACCCCAAAGUAGUAUGUUGACAUCACAAUUGUACAACAAAAGCAUUCUGCUUAAAAUAAUACUCUGUUAUUUUCUUGAAAAGGUCUUGGUUGGAUGACUCAUACUCUUUAUAAACCACAUUAUAAUGAGCUACUUGGAGAGACACAUUUUCUCUUUCCUUCAUCUUUUGACAAAGGGAUGUGCAUUAUGGCUUUUUAAGUUGCUUUGAGCCUUUGUAACUAUAUACCAGAAGAAGAGUAGGGAAUGUAUAGAUUUAGAACAUUCCAAGAAGCUACUAGAUAAGGUUGACAUAGUUUCAGUUCUCAUAUUUAUUAAACACAAUUUUCCACAAUAGAAAAAGCAUUCUAAAGAGUAGUGUUCCUGAAUGAGUCACAUUCCUCUGCAGUUAUAAAUAUACAGUACUCCAGACAAGAGUUCUUGGUUUCUUGUGCUUUCCUGAACAACUUGGAGCUAAUGCAUCUUAGGCUUCUGGAAAUACAUGCUGUCCUUUCUCCUGCCCCCCCCCCUCCUGCGGGACUCUGCAACUAGAAUAAUUUGAACAAAUGGACCCCUAUUAGUUAGGUACUUUUGCUGUUUGUUGCUAUUUGGUGCUAGGAAUUUUAUAUUUUUCAUGAAUGGGGGUUGGGACUUAUGGAAAAAGUUAAGAAAGCAGCCUGUAAAGUCAUCAGGCAUGACUUUGGGUGUCAGCUGAUGUCCAUGUCCAGAUCUACUACAAAGUUGAUCCUGAGUCUGGUUUUAUUUCUUUCUUCAGUAUUCCUAAAGCUUCCACUUUCAUUUACUGUCUUAAGAUAUUAUCAAUGUUUGUACAAAGUAAAAAGGCCUUGAUCAAGUGGCCUUCGUUACUCUCUACGUGUGUCUCCAUUGAACCUAACAACCUGAUGUCAAGGUUUCCUAUGCAACCAAAGACAGCAAAGAAGAAAGUGUUAGGCUGUUUCUUCAGACAAUUUCUAUUGCUGUGGCUGUCUUCAGUUCCAAGGGAAACAAUUUAUAUUCCACCUUCCAGAUUACAUUACAUGUCUUCAUGAAAAUAAAGUUAGCCAAGAAGUAGUACUUAGAUGAAUGAUUUUGCAUUUUGAGUGCCCUGGGGCUGCUUAUACUCCACACAUUUUAAGCAUAUUCCCUCACCAAAAAGUCAUAAGAACUGUAGUUUACCUCACAGGGAGCUCCAAUUCCCAGCACCCAUAACAAGCUAUAGUUUCCAAGUUUCCUGUGGGGGACGGUGCUUUAAAUGUAUGCAGUGUUUUGUACCUUAAACUCAGCACUAAAAUGAUCGGUUGAACUGGGUUCCAAAAGCUUUAAUAGAGGCUAGUAAUAGCCUGUUGUUUGGUAAUUGUACUUUACACUACACAUCUUUUUCGAAUCUUAUGGGCUUCCCUCAACUAAUUUCUGUUGAGUAAUUUCAUACAUGUGGGCAUUAUAUGGCUAUAAAUCUGUGUUUUUCCCAUGUAACUGGUGAUACUGAGAAUCCUAGCAUGUCUUUUUGUGGAUAGAAAUAAAAAAAUGGUGACAGUCUUCCCUUUCUGUCAACAUAAUUGAAAAUGUAUUGUGUGAAAUCUGGUGUGCUGAUACUUAGCUACUCUUGCUAGUUUGAGGGGCAGAGUUGAUGAUGUCUCAUGACUCUCCUCCCAAAAAAAGAUUCUGGAAAAAUAUUGAAAUGAAAAUAUUACAACACUAAUUCUACUUCAGCAGACUGUACGUUUGAGAGGAAUAUAUUCACUUCCAUAUCUUAGAAUAUAGAAGUUGAGACAUGCUUUCAUAUACAUCCAAAGGUUUCAGAGAAGAUGAACAUCUGCUGGUCUUCAGUCAAAUAUAGGUUUCCCCCACUUUGUUCUUCUUAACACUCUAGCAUUUAAGAUGAAAAAGGAGUUCCAUAGCUAUGGAAACGAGAGUAAGUUGUUGCAUCAUAAGGCUAUAUAUCUACUGCUUAGUAGUUCCACUUUUGCAGAAAACAAGUGUAAUGCAUAAUAGUUAAACUUUUUGCUCCAAAUUUUAAGGCUGAAGAUUUCAGAACAGAUGUUGGAAGAUGUUGGCGGUGGACAAAGGGAUCGUAGAAGAAUGGUUAUCGGAAUACAAGACGGUGCCAGAAGCAUCUAUACCAAGCUAUGCUAAAAAUCUGAAAGACAAGAGUUCUCUGGUUUCAUCUCUUUAUAAAGUUAUUCAGGAUCCACAAAGUGAGCUGCUAGAACCAGUCUGCCAUCAGCUGUUUGAAUUUUAUCGUAGUGGUGAGGAACUUCUGCUUCAGUUCACGCUGCAGUUUCUUCCAGAACUGAUAUGGUGCUAUCUUGCCGUUUCUGCCAGUAAGGACCUACAAAGCAGUGGCUGCAUAGAAGCACUUCUCUUAGGAGUUUAUAACUUGGAAAUAGUUGACAAACAGGGGCACAGUAGGGUAUUAAGUUUUACAAUUCCAUCCUUAUCCAAACCUUCCAUAUAUCAUGAACCUUCGAGUAUUGGUUCAAUGGCUCUUACUGAGGGUGCUCUAUCUCAGCAUGGCUUAUCCAGGGUUGUGUAUAGCGGACCUCAUUUGCAGAGAGAGAUGUUAACGGCACAAAACAGGUUUGAAGUAUUGACAUUCCUUUUGUUGCGUUACAAUGCUGCCUUAAGCUAUAUGCCUGCAGUUUCUCUUCAAUCUUUAUGUCAAAUCUGCUCAAGGAUCUGUGUUUGCGGAUAUCCUCGUCAACAAGUAAGGAAAUACAAAGGCAUAAACAGCAGGAUUCCAAUUUCCUCUGAAUUCAUGGUGCAGAUGUUAACUGGGAUUUAUUAUGCUUUUUAUAAUGGAGAAUGGGAUCUAGCUCGUAAAGCAAUGGAUGAUAUUUUAUACAGAGCACAACUGGAGUUAUAUCCAGAACCACUGUUGGUUGCCAAUGCAAUAAAAGCUUCGUUGCCUCAGGGUGCCAUAAAAUCUAAUAAAGAAGGUACAAAAUGUAUUCAGGUUGAAAUUACACCUACUGCAUCUAGAAUAUCAAGAAAUGCAGUGACCAGCCUGUCUAUUCGGGGCCAUAGAUGGAAAAGGCAUGGUAAUGAACUAGGCAUUCCAGAAGAAGAACUGAUAGAAGUGUCUGAAGUUGAUGAGGGCUUUUACUCUAGGGCUCCUUCUACCACAAAUCAUUCUGCUUUCAGCAGCAACACCAGUAACAAGACUCAGCUAAGCAAGAGUCAGCGGAGGUCUGGAGGAAGCAAGGUUGGAGGAAAAGAAAAAGAAACUGUUGGUGAAGCCCACAAAGAUCACCUGUCUCGUAAACAAAACCAGCGAGCAAUGAGUGAGAAUUUAGAGCUUCUGUCUUUAAAGAGACUGACCCUGACUAGCAGCCAAUCUCUGCCUAAGCCAGGCAGUCAUAGUUUGGCUAGAACUAGCACUACUCUUUUUAGCAAAUCCUUUGAGCAGGUCAGUGGUGGUGUAGUCCCAAAUAAUCACCACAGUGGCACAGAAGCAAACAGAUUUUCAGUCUGUAGUCUGCAAGAGGAGAAUCUGAUUUUUGGAGCCGACAGAAUAGAACUUCCUAUUUCAAGCAAACAGCCAAAUCAGCAACGACCACCUACCAUCAGCAUAACUUUGUCAGCAGACUAAGGAGCAUCUGACUAAUUUGUCAGUAUAAGAGAUUCUGUUGCUAGUACUAUAGCCCUGAUACCCUUAAUUUUUUUUUUUGAGAUGUCUAAAUUGCAAGUUUUAAGGAUUGCAGUGUUUAAAAAGAAUAGGGUAGACAAUUCUAAGUAUUUUAUAAUAAUGAUGUCACAGUCUUUGAGAUUCUUAAUUUGAGGAUUGACAUUUGUAAUAGUACUACAAUAGGGUUUGUACUGAAAAUCUAGUACAUGAUGAACCUGUACCAGGGAAAUUUUUAAAAUAUGGGUUGUGCUGCUCGUGCAAGCUUCAGUUACAUGUUUUUGGUGAACAAUGGGUUGCAAACCAGAAUAUAUGUGCCAUUUUACUACUCAUAGUAAAAUCUUUUUGUCUGGUGCCCCCCACAAGAGGAUGCUUAUUUUAUAUUCAUCAAAGCAAUUUUAGGAGUUCACUCAAUGCAGUAGCUUGUAAUGAAAAAAACAUAUUUGGAAGUAAAUCAGAAUUCUGGAUAGAGGUCAUUGUGUUAAGUUCGAAACAUUGAAAUCUAUGUUUUCUGGUUUCUGAAGACACCUGCAACAAACAUUUUCCAAAAUAUAGUGUGUAUAUCCGAUCCAUAGAGGCGGAAAUGAAGCUUUGCUAUCUUUUUAGGCACACUAGCCCUAUUCUCGUAUUUAGAACAAAUACAAAGAUCAAAAUUUGUGCUGAGCUGCCCCCUGGUAUGUUUGACCCAGCUGCUAUUCUGUUGAAUGCCACAUGUGUAUGCGGACUUAAAUACAUGGAGCUCAAUUCUUGUAUUGCCCUAUCUGUACAGCUUGAUUGUGGUGGUUCACAGAUCAGUAUACUGUGCAUGUACAUCUCUACGUAAACUUGAAAUAUAGUGUGCACAAGCAAGCAUGAAGCAGGAUGGUGUGACCCAAAUUCUUCCCAUUUCAUGUGCAUUUCAAACAUCAGCACAGGGCUGCUUUUUCCAGUUUUAAUUUUACACGACAGGUGAAUUCAUAAAGUGACAAACUUUCCUUCCCUAUUCAGAGCCUGUAAAUCAACACAAGAAACAUUGGUUUCUAGUUUCCACUGAGUUGUUAGGUUUUAACAAAAUCAUGCAUCUUGAAGGUUUCAGAAGCUUUAAUAUUUCAAUUAAACUAAAGUAUGGAAGUAGAUCAACUGUUUAUAUAAUCACUCAUUUCUUGCACUGAGCCAGUUUUAAGAGUGAAAUUGUGAGCCUUAUUUAUAUGGGUAGUGGGCUGUGUUGGAACAGAUGUACCCAUUAAAUAAUUUGGAAGGGCAAAUUAAUAUUUGUUUUUGUUUCCCUGAAAGUAUAAAACAGGCAUCUCAAACUUCGGCCUUCCAGAUGUUUUGGACUACAAUUCCCAUCUUCCCCGACCACUGGUCCUGUUAGCUAGGGAUCAUGGGAGUUGUAGGCCAAAACAUCUGGAGGGCCGAAGUUUGGGGAUGCCUGGUAUAAAACAAAUCUGACAUUGGUACAAUGGUUUUUUUAAAUGACCUUGUUA